UUUGGAUGUAUAUAAAUGCGACGUCUUGCUGGAUAGUACGCAAUAUAUAUAGAAGUUAUGAACUAUAACGCGAAAAGGAAUAUUGAAUGAUGAGGCUGAUGCCAAGAUGCAUCUUCUAUGGACUAUUUAUUUUUGGAGUUUUUCAUCUUUGCUCAAGUGACCAGUGCGAAUCACGUUUUAGAGCAGAUAGAACAGGCGUCAUCAAAGGACCCACAAAUAAAAAAGAGUGCCGAGGAUUUUCAAGGUGCAAGUGGACAUUCGAUUAUCCAUCCGGGGCUGGUGCACUGACAUUGAGUUUCACAAGCCUCAAUGAUCCCACGCCACAAGCGCGUCUUGAAGUUGCAAAAGCAAAUGGUCAAACCAUCAAACUAAUCAAGUUCCAAGCACAUGGUAAUACUGUUUGUUUUGCAACUUCGAAAUCCGAACAUUGUUCGCAAGAAAUAAAACGCAACAGAUGCGAGACUUACACAGGCGUCGAAAAAUCUCCUUAUGUGGUGUACAAAUGCGAUCCUUCAGCUUUACAAUUUCAAAUCCUAUAUGAGUUUUGGAAUUGUACUGAAGAAACAACAACGCCAGCACAAACAACUCCUAAAAUGACAGAUACAAUAUCAGAAGUACAAAUGACCUCUUCUAUUGAAGCAGAAACAAGAGGAUAUCCGACAUUCGAUUUUAGCGAAUAUAAAAGAGAAGAUACCUCAAUAGCAGAAGAAACAAGCUACUAUAAAACCAGUAUGGUUGCUGAUAUUGAACAGCGAGCAAGGUCAAAUGUCUCACCACUAAACAAGGAAAUAUCAUCUACCGUAGCUGUCAGCCUCGUAGUGCUACUACUGAAUGUUUCGACCUUUUUUUCUUAGUUUCGUACAAAAUGUUGACUUUGUGUAUAACUAUACAAAAACUUCAAAGUUCGACUCCAACAACAGACCCCAUGGGACCUCGGCUACGAUUAAACCAAGGCAAACUUUCUGUCAUACAGAGCAGAAAAGUUAAAUAUUAUGUAAAUAUCGCUACUCAUUUUCCUUAGACAACUUUGGCUUUUUGCUUCAAAAGUCCAUUUAUCUCUGUUUGAUAUACAAUCUCAUACAUGUUACUUAUCAUUUGUUUAUUUUCCAGUUUUGUGACUUCGAAUAUUGGACAAUUUUGUGAAAAUCAGAGAAAUGCAUUUGUUGUCAAGAUAAGGUUAUGGGUUGUGUUGAAGUGGAACCGAAAAUUAAUCAAAAUUCGAAUUAAAAUCGCGAAUGACUAAAUAUUAAUCCGUAAUUACUAACCAUGAAUUUCGUAGCAACCAAUUAAAUGUUGACCAUUUCAACCCAAUCUAAAACAAGCAGACUUUGAAAUUAACGAAAUUAAAUUAUAUCAC